GAUUAGUUUCACCGCGCUCUCUGGUGUUUCGUCGUGGUGCUGGUUUAAUACAAGCGAGUAGAAAAGCCGUUUCUGUCAACAGAGAAAUAGUUUCUGCAUCAGGUGUAUAAAUGCCUGUAAUAAUAUUCUCAUUCACUAAGUUUUGAAGCAAGCAGUAAUAUCUGGAGGAGUAUCAUCUGAACUGAGGUCUUCUGCUGUGAAGAUGAUGUUUGUUAAAGAGGAGAGUGAGGAGAACAUGAGAGAACCAGAAACAUGGAGAAUAAAACACGAGGAACCAGAAACAUUGAAGAUAAAACACGAGGAACCAGAAACCUGGAGAACAAAACGGGAGGAACAAGGAGGAACACUUUUGAUGAAAGUGAAAGAGGAGAGACCAGAUCUGAAUGAAGUGCAGGAGAAACCUGAAGACACUGGAGAAACAUCAGAGAGCUGCAGCAUUCAGAAAGCAGACGUCAAAAGGCCUUUCAGCUGCUCUCAGUGCGGAAAGAGUUUUAGACAGAGAGCAAGCGUUAAGAAUCACAUGUUAGUUCACGCCGGAAUAAAACCUUUCAGCUGCUCUCAGUGCGGAAACACCUUCACGUGUAAAGCAAACCUUGAGAAGCACAUGUUAAUUCACGCCGGGAUAAAGCCUUUCAGCUGCUCGGAGUGUGGGAAGGGUUUCACAAGUAAAGGAUACCUUAAGACUCACAUGUCCAUUCAUACCGGAAUAAAGCCUUUUAUUUGCUCUCAGUGCGGAAAGGGUUUCAUAUCGAAAGGAAUCCUGAGGGAUCACGUGUUAAUUCAUACUGGGAUAAAACCCUUCAGCUGCUCCGAAUGUGGAAAGAGUUUUACACACAAAUCAAGCCUUAAGAAUCACAUGUUCAUUCAUACUGGGAAAAGGCCUUUCUCCUGCUCUCAGUGCGGAAAGGGUUUCAGAGAUAAAGCAAACCUUAAGGACCACAUGUUAAUUCAUUCCGGGAUAAAACCUUUCAGCUGCUCUGAGUGCGGAAAGACUUUCACUCAGAAAGGACAACUUAAGAUUCAUCUUUUAACUCACUCCUCGGAAAAGUCUUUCAGCUGCUCUCGGUGCGGGAAGAGCUUUAAAUAUAAAUCAAACCUUCAGAGGCACACGUUGAUUCAUACUGUAAUAAAGCCUUUUAGCUGCUCUCAGUGUGGGAAGAGUUUUAGAGAGAAAGCAGGCCUUAAAGACCACAUGUUAAUUCAUGCUGGGUGAAAGACUUUCACUCGCUCUCAGUUUGGAAAGACUUUUACACAGAAACGACACGGAAAGAUUCACUCUUCAUAAAAGCGAAUAAAAACAUAUCACGAUCAAUCAUGGAGGAUAUAACUACGAGGGCUAUUUUGUACCUGUUGUACAAAGUACAAAAAUAUGAUGAAAUGCCUACGAUGACGUCUUUGGGUUCCAGAAGAUAAUCCUGUAGUAAUGUGUGUUACAUUUCACUAAACCCUACUCUAUAUACACUGUCAUUAUUACCAUCUUUGUAGCUGCAUUAAUAAAAUACCGCCAUCUCUACAAUGGUUUUUAAUUGUUUUCUAUGCACGAGAUGGUAAUGCUUUCCCUCGCUUGAUUCAACCGUACGUGUCAAUAAGCUCUUCACUGAUUGGCUUGCGAGUUUCCCGCUCGAGUUGAACUUGUGCGAAAGACGUGAUAAAGGCGAACAAAUGCGUAUUUGAAUUUUUUUUUUGUUUUUUUGUUUUUUUUUACCCAAGUCAGACCUACAGUUGUAAAAAUGCCUGUCAAGUUCAGACUUUUGUUGAAAAGCAAAUGC